GGCAGUCUGAUAACUCACAGGCUUCAAGCUGCCCUUAUAAAGUUGUUCCACUUUUGCAUACUUCCUCAUACUGCGAGUUUCUCUGCAAAGAUGAAGCAGCUUGUUUACUUAGUCUUGCUUAAGACAGCUCUCCUGGCUUUAACAAAUGUGUUUGCAGUUAUUUUAGAAGAAGAAAAGGAUGCUAAGGAAGAAAAAACUACCAGUACUUGCCCUAUAAAGCUCAAAACUAAUGGGAAUUGUGAUGAAGGAGAGGACUGUCCGUAUCAGAUAAAUCUGCCGCCAAUGACCAUCCAGCUACCCAAACAAUUCAGACUGAUUGAGAAGACUCUCAAGGAAGUACAGACCCUUAAAGAAGCAGUAAACAAGCUGAAGAAGUGCUGCCAAGACUGCAAGCUGCAGGCAGAUGACAACCAAGAAAGAGACAGAAGUAAUGAAUUCCUUCCACCUAAUGCAGAAACUCCAGCAGAAAUCCAAGAUAACAGAGUAAAGGAACUGCAAAGCAAAGUGAACAGAAUGGCAACCAGUCUAAAAAAUGCAAAGAACCAGAUUCAGACACUGCAGGGCCGUUUAGAGAAGAUGAGCCUUGUGAAUAUGAACAAUGUAGAACAUUAUGUAGACAGCAAAGUUGCUAAUUUGACGUUUGUUGUGAACAGUCUUGAUAACAAGUGCUCUUCUCAAUGUCCAGCAAUGCAGCCAAGCCCUGUUAUACAAGUAAUGCAGAGAGACUGUGCAGAUCAUUAUGCAGCAGGCAAAAGGAGCAGUGGUAUCUACCCUAUUACCCCUGACCCCAGAAACAGCACCUUCCAAGUCUACUGUGACAUGGAAACACAGGGAGGUGGCUGGACGGUGCUGCAGCGGCGUCAGGAUGGUAGCACUAACUUCAACAGAACGUGGAAUGACUACAAACAUGGCUUUGGAAACCUCAGCAGGGAGUUUUGGCUGGGGAAUGACAAAAUUCACCUCCUGACAAAAAGCCAGGAAAUGCAGCUGAGAAUUGACCUUGAAGAUUUCAAUGGUAUCAAGGAGUAUGCCAAAUACCAACAUUUCUACGUGGCCAACGAGUACCUGAAGUAUCGUCUCAGCGUUCACGGCUAUAGCGGCACAGCAGGAGAUGCUCUCCACUACAGCAGGCACUACAACCAUGAUCAGAAGUUCUUCACAACUCCUGACAAGGACAAUGACAGGUAUGCAUCAGGGAACUGUGGUGCAUUCUACAGCUCUGGCUGGUGGUUCGAUGCAUGCUUGUCAGCCAACCUCAAUGGCAAGUACUACCACAAGAAAUACAAAGGUGUUCGCAAUGGAAUUUUCUGGGGCACGUGGCAUGGUAUUUCUGAUGAUACUCCCAGUGGAUACAAGCAGUCCUUAAAAUCAGUAAAAAUAAUGAUCAGACCCAAAAGUUUUGCACCAUAAUUUUAAACCUUUUCUUAACAAAUUUGCAUUGGAUUGCACUCAAGAUCAUACUUGUUCAGUAUUAUAUUCAGAAUUCAAAUAUUCAGUUAUAUUUGUCAUAACAUAGUUCUAAACAAAGUAACAUAUUUCCACAUGCAUUUCUAGAGAUGGUGUUUCCCGUAUAACAUAUGGAAGACAACAAUUGUUGCUAAAACUUAGCAUAGGUUAAGUUGUGGUAUUGUAACCUAAAUAUUCUAAACAUUGCUUUUGGUGCCUUUACUGUAUGUGAUACAUCUUCUACAAAUUGUGUCUGAAUGAACACCUGCAUUUUUACCUGGAUAUAACUCAGAGGUAUUCUGAUAACACCCUAAUUUGUUAAACGCUUAGUAUGAAACAUUAUAACUUGCAUACUGCCCAACACUUUCUACUGUCUUUCCUUCACAACCUCAAAGACGUACUGUGGGAAUGUCAAAAUAAAUUAGGAAAAGUAUGAUACGUUAUUAUAUUAAAAGGAGAAGAGAAUAGAGGCCAUGUGAUUAGCACAAAGACACACAGAAAAAAGGUUGAGGAAUACUUAGACUGUGAAUAUUUGUCCUAAAACAUUAUUCCCUUUGUCAAAAACUAUUCGAACAAGCUGGUGAAAGAAUUGGAUAAAAGCAAGUGAAAAUAACGCCUAGAGAAUGUAAUGAAAGACCCUUCAUGCUUGUUUUCUUCUGUUCAACCUCAAUAUCCUUUCCAUCUUAUGUGGGAGAAAUAAAUCUCUUGUAGAUGAUCACAGAUUUAUAUAGGGGAGUGGACAGGUAGGAAGAAGAUACAUUGAGAAGAAUCCAUGUGUUUGUAUUAAUCCCUCUAAAUACAUACAAUAAAUACAUUUUGCUUUCUUUUCUGAAUCUUUUAGGCAAGCCAGACAUUGCAAGAUGACACUUGUAGGGACUCAAGCUCUUAUUUAAGUACUUCUCACUAUAUGUAUCAUUAGGUCUUAAAUUAUACAUAAAUUGUAUUUUGUAACACAAGAUUACAUUCUCCCCAUUUUCUGAGUACUGCUUUUGCAAUGAAAGAAUCGUGAGUAAUCCACUGGCCAUUAGAUGCAGAAAAGAGAAUAUGCAGAGGGCUUUUUUCUUCUAAAACAUAACAAAAGAAACAGGGCACUUUUCUGAUUGCACUUUGGGAAGUGCAAUUUAAAGAAACUGUUAUUAUAUCCCACAUUGUAGAUAGCAAGCACAAAUUUGCCUUCACAUACCUAUUGUCUAUGCUAGAAAAGACGUCUAUAAUUACAGUGACUAACAUUCUGAGAGGACAUGCCAAAUAUCUUAGCAUGAGGUAUUUUGCUAUAUAGCUAAUAGCAAUUCUCAGAUAAACUAUAUAAAGACUGUAUUUCUUUACUGGUAAAAGUAUGGUUUUUACUGGCAUAGCAUUUUUUGCUAGAAGAGCCAUUUGUUGGUAACAGUAAACAACAGAACUGUGCUAACAAACCUAUGAGCGCACAUCUGGCCUAAAACUUUACAAAUCAGACUUUAAUUGUUUUUAAGAUAAUAUCCAGAACUAUCAUGGUUACAAGCUAUGGACAUGAGCAAAAGUGGCAAUUGCUAAAUAGCACAGUAUUAAUAUAUAUAUUUGAGAGAGUAAAUACUUUGAAGGAUAUUUCAGUGUGAAGAGUAAUUCGGUUUAUUGUAUUUCAAUUUUAAAGACUAAUGGAAGAUUUUAAUUGUAAGAUGUAUAACCGGUGCUUGAAAAUGUUUUGAAGUCAUAGAAUAUUUAUUUUCUGAUAAAAUGGAUUGUCUAAAAAAAACAACAAAAAAGCAAUUUAUGAAAUAUUGGUUAGAAGAGCAAAUAUCUAAUUGUGUGUGAUUGUAUUUAAUAAUUUUGCACGAAAUGCACAAUUUUCUCCUGUUCAUUACAAGCUAACUAGCUCUGUAUGAUUUACAGUACCUAUAAGCUUCUACUUGAAAAUGUCUUUUUCCUGCUAAUUUGUUGGGAGGGAAACUGUUUCUUUUUUAUCGUGCUAAAAGGAAAAAUCAUAAAAAUGAAAUUUCAUCAGGAUAAACAAAUGUGAUUAAUGUCACCUACAAAACCUUGAUCAACUUAAAAAAAUAAAAUAAAAUAAAAUAAAAAAAGGAAAAAAAAUAACAACAAAAAAAGAAAGCCUGCCUGGAACUGUUGUACCUGAAUCUCCAGCAAUGUGUAUUAGUUUUACAAAGUGUAACUCCAUCUAUUUGUUGCAAGCUUUAUUUUAUAGUUUUCUUUGUUGUAAAUAAAAUUGUCACGCUAUUAAAGCU